AUAUGGAUAUGGCGGUGACCUGGGCGUCAAAGGUGGCUCUGGACCAAAAGGAGUGCCAGGUGCCCCUGUGCAAAUCAGGAGCCAACCCCAGUCUGUCUGGAGGAAGUGUCUUCCCGUUAUUUUACAUUGACACAUAUCUAGCAUGAACUUUUACUGACUGAUUGAUUACUUGCUUGGUUGAUUGAUUGCCUGCUUUUUUUUCCUCAGGGCCCUGGGCUGACAGAUGAGCAGGUAUUGCAGCUGUGUAAAGGAGUGGUGACAGCCCAGAUAUCCCAGUAUGCAGCUUCCAUCCAGGCCAAGUGUUCCCAAGGCUGCCCCAUCAACAACCGCACACUCAUUGGGCCGCCCGGAACCAGGGGACCAACUGGAGAAUCAGGCAAACCUGUGAGUCACAUAGCCCCGAAACCAACCCCUAUCUACUAAGGAAGGCCUUUAGUCGAAACAAUGAUACAUUCUGUUAACCUCUCUCUCUCUUAGGUUAAAGCAGGCAAAGCUGGAGUCAAAGGAGCCAGGGGCAUCCAAGGGGACACAGGAGCGGAUGGUCAGAAGGGGGCAGAGGGUGAAAGAGGUAUGUACUCCAAUUGACUUAGUUCAACCAAACUUCAUUACUGGUAAACCAAACCUUGAUCACUAAGGCUCAUUUCAAGUGAAAAUGAGUGGAGCUCCUUUGUAGUGGCAUAGCUUCAGAGUUCACCCACAAGCUCUCUGUUUUACUCCACAGGUACAAAAGGUCCGAAAAGAAAGGGGGGUGAGCCUGGUAAAGGUCUGCCAGGACACGAUGGGCAUCAAGGCCUCAGAGGUAGGACACUGUUUACACUGGUGUGAAACUCUCAGGUCUACCUCAACAUUGCUUGUCUUAGAAUUGUUGGAAAGUAUAUGUAACUCACUUCCAGAUUCACUUGAAAAGGGAUUGUGUGGUUUUUAUUCAACAUUUAUGUUAGCAGGAAGUCUUAUUUUUCAAGAGAACUGUUAAGCCUAAUUGCUUAAUUUUUUUCCCUUCAGGUCUGCCAGGCCACCCAGCAGAGCCAAAGAAAGGUAUGGCAAGUCCCAGAGGGCCCCGGGGUUUCACAGGCGCUUUGGGCCAGCCUGGCAUGGCGGGCAACGCAGGAGUGCCCGGCUUCUGUGAGGCACGGGACUGCAGCAUUCACGCGCCUGUGAUGCGUAAGGAGCAGGGCCUAGUGAAGGGACCCCGCGAUCUAAGCCCCAAGAUC